GGCUUCCCUCGCUAUGCGCCCGGUCGACCAUCUUUUGCGCCACCGCUCUGCAGUCGACCGCCGUAAGGCCAAGGUUGCUAAACGACCAGAAGCGCAGAGAUGGUCGUCUGCACCUGCGACCAUGCAGUCCGGGAUGUUCCUUGACGCCCCGGGCGCAAUGACUGCGCAAGUGUAUAAGGUGCGGUGCGUCAAGUUGUCCCGCGAUUAUCUCAUGCAUGUCCGUGAGUAAAUACCAC